CUCACUCAGGCGCUACAAGAUUUGGAGAGCAUUUGCCCCCCUCGUAGCCACCAGCUUUGAAAUAAAUGUGGCUCCUUAAUUCGACUUCUUGAGGCAUCCUUGUGUGAUUCGUGGGGUACGCUACAACAUUUGGAGGCCCCAGCGAGAUCCAGCCAUUAGGGGGCACUGGUUCGGACACCGAGGGAGGCCAAUCUUCCCUGAGCAGGUCGCAGUACAAACGGCUCUGCCAGACUUAAAGGACAUCCCGCUAUCAUCACCAGUCCUUACAGGCUCUGCACUAUACCCAGAGAGCCACCCAUAAGCUUGUGUGAGAUGCCUUGCCAGUACCAACCUUGGGCCCUCUACCUCCCUUCCCGUCUGGAGACUCGGUGUGCCACCACAAGGGUGAAGGAUGCCGCUCUGGGUGUUCUUCCUCAUGGUCCUAACUCUCAGUGGUGGCUGCCACUGCUCCUCACACUCCCCGACCCUCAGGAUGCCACGGUAUGCAGAUGCCAUCUUCACCAACGGCUAUCGGAAGGUGCUGGGCCAGCUCUCUGCCCGCAAGCUGCUCCAGGACAUCAUGAGCAGGCAGCAGGCAGAGAGAAACGAGGAGCAAGGAGCAAAGGUGUGGCUUGGGCGUCAGGUGGACGGCAUGUGGGAAGACCAAAAGCAGAUGGCCUUGGAAAGCAUCCUGGCAGCCCUGUCGCAGAAGCUCAGGAAUUCCCAAGGAUGAAGAUUCUGCCUGUGUUUUAUGCUGCCUGGAGCCAAAACACAACUGCAUCCAGUUCAACCUAUUUAGUUUUUGACCUACUUUUUCUUUUAUAAAUACAAUAAAAUUCCCCCAUCCUGGUCUGCAGUUCAAUCUUCUUUAAUCUUCCACCUAAUUUGUAUGU